AUGUCAAGGAAGUUGAAAAAAACCAAUUUAUUCAACAAGGACGUGAGCUCCUUGCUUUACGCUUACGGUGAUGUGCCACAGCCGCUGCAAGCCACGGUGCAAUGCUUAGAUGAACUAGUAUCGGGAUAUUUGGUGGAUGUUUGUACCAAUGCAUUUCACACAGCUCAGAACUCUCAGAGAAACAAACUUCGAUUGGAGGAUUUUAAGUUUGCCCUGCGAAACGACCCCGUGAAGCUUGGAAGAGCCGAAGAAUUGAUAGCCACCAAUAAGUUAAUCACGGAGGCUAAGAAGCAGUUUAAUGAGACAGACAAUCAGAAUUCAUUAAAAAGAUUCAGAGCGGAGGACGAAGAAGGUGAUGAGGUGGACGAAGAUGAAUAUGAGCAACAAAUAACGGACGACGACGAUCAUACAGUCCGUCGUAAUAAUGCUAAACAAUCUACGGAUUCGAAGGCGACAAAAGGUAGGAAGCAAGGGUCUAAGAAUCUCAAGAAAACGAAAAAGUGA